UCUCUCUCUCUCUCUCUCUCUCUGUUCGCGCGCAAUUUAUUUCGCGUUUGAAAUAAUGUAUAUUUUGCAUGACAGGUAUAUGUUGCCAUUUGCUACACAUACUGGCAUGCAAAUGCUAGAUAUAUUAGGGGACUCUUUUCAACAAUAAAUAACAGUGUUUACCGCAAAUGAGAUGCUUCACUCUGAUAUAAGACGCUUUAGGCUAUCUGUACAGACAGAAAUAUGGCAAUUCAUGAUUGCCAUAUAUUUCGCAAAUUUUUAUAAGCUAUAUGGUCCAUUCAUCUUUCGUCAUGGAGGGCAAGAGGGUGAAGGUGCCCUUAUACCAGGUGUCGGAGCUGGAGUACUUCAUUUUAUCUGAGGAUCCUGGUGGGGAUGAAGUAGGGGUGGUGAGGGACCGCCACCACCCUCUAUGCCUGGAGCCACCACUCCCCACUACCCAAUGCAAGACGCCUCCUCUACCCACCUUCACCACCACCAGGCCACAGCCCUCCACCUCCGACUUCACAGCACUCCCCUCCACCUCCGCCUUUCCCUCACAGCCCUCCACCUCCAGCUUCACCGCACUCCCCUCCACCGCUCCAUCCGGGCCCGGAUGGAGCGCGGUGCAUGUUUUCUAACUUCCAGGGCGAAUGAGUUAAUAAAUUUCCAUUAUUCAG